AUGGAUACAGAUGAUUCCAUAAUGAAAAUACCUCCAGGGAAGAGCUUAUUUGACAAGACUCCAGCACCUUCUGAAGGGAAGCACAGGAAAAAGUACUGCAGAUGUCAGAAGGUGAACACCAAGUCCCUGCACUCGGUAAACACACUGAGCACCUUGCAAAACUCCUUCCCUCAGUCCUUUGGCUGCCAUUAUGAAAAUGUGGAUUAUACUUCUGCAAUCCCAUAUCUAGAUGUUACAUCAGAAUUUGUCUCUCACCCAGAAAUAGAAUCCACUUUGGGAAACAGGAAAUCGUCGGCCAAACCCUUUCAUCGGAGGUACCUGCCGAAAUCAGUCAAAAAGCGACGUAGCCCCAAGCACCAAUUAAAGCCACUCGCACACAUUUCCAUGAAACGCCAGGAAUACAACAGUUUCAUUAACUUUACUAAACCAACAGAAAAACUGCAGAGAGCCAAAAGGCAAGACGACUAUUAUGAAUACUCAUCGUUUUAUCCAUUGCAAAGCCCAAGCCAAACAGACUCGGAGAACUUUGCGUACUUUUUCCCAGAGGACUACUUUGAAGGGAGCCGGACAAAACUUCCAUUGGCAUGGCCUACUCCUAAUGGUCUAACCUAUGCUAAAGCUCUGGAGAUCUGCCACCAGAUCCUCGCAAAUUCCACCAUUGGUUUAGCAUGUAAAGCCGUCCUUGGCAAGCAAAUGGAUGAGGCAAUUGGUAUGUGUCUUUCAGAUCUGCAACUCAAGGAUGAUGUGGCCUGGGUGACUGCAUUGAUAGCCUUUUUGGAAAACGAAUGUGAAAGAAGAGUGCUAGGAAACAGAAUAUUUCAUGUAGGAAACCAGCCAUCUGCUAGCCAGCAAGAAAUCCUCACCAUUCUCCGGUGUCCUGCUUUCUGUAAUGGCAAUGGACAAUGUACAGACCUGGGCUGCCGGUGCUUUGAAGACCACAGCUCUUACGACUGUAGUAUUGCCAGAAAGCACACUUUGGAAAUCACAGGCUUAGCGCACGGGGGCCUCUGCGAUAUCCGAGUCUCUGACUGUAGCAGGAUCCGGGUGUUCGGCCUUGGCUUCAAAGAUUCUCACAACCUGCACUGCAAGGUCACCAGAUUAAUUCAUCUCAACGGUGAAUGGAUAUCAAGAGAGCAAGAGACCACAAAAGCAGAUUUCCUCAGCUCUGAGGCCGUUGACUGCCAGAUUCCUCUGCUGAACGUUACAGGGAUGGAGGCUGUGCACUUCGUGGCUGGCGACGAGCCGCUCGCACGAUGGCAAGUGAAAAUCACUAAUGAUGGCUUCCAGUACAGUAAUUCCAAAGUCCUGACCCUGUACGAUGCAGUCUGCCAGGCCUGUGAAUUCCAUCCAACCGGAGUUUGUAAAUUAAAGGAAAAUACUUGUAAUAUAGACGGACUUUGCUAUGUUGAAGGAGAGUCAAGCCCUGCCAGUCCUUGCCUUCUCUGUGAACCUGACAUUUCUAAGUUUGCCUGGUCUAUUAAUGGAAACAACCUGCCUCCCGUGUUCCAAGCCCCCUCCAGCCAACUGCUGACCUUUAUUGGGGAGAAUUUUGUUUACCAGCUAGCAGCGCUGGAUCCGGAAGGGUCAGCUGUGCUCUUCAUCUUGGAGGCUGGACCGCAGGACGCCAGGCUCUCUCCCGCUGGCCUUCUCAUAUGGAAAGUUGUUUCAGAAGAAAUGCAGACCUUUGAAUUCACUGUGUCAGAUGAAUGCAAUGCACAGAGCAGAUACUCUAUUGAGGUUCUGCUAAAGCCUUGCAGCUGUGUCAAUGGUGGAACAUGUGUUACCAAUAUCAAAUUCCCCCCAGGCCUUGGUGAAUAUCUGUGCUUAUGUCCAAACGGAUUCGAUGGCGAAUUUUGCGAGGAAGAUAUUAAUAACGACUGCAAAUCAAACCCAUGUGGAAGUGGAGUGUGUGUGGACGGUGUGGGCAGCUAUAUCUGUAAAUGUCCCCCUGGUUUGGAAGGGCUUACCUGUCAGGAAGACAGGAACGAAUGCAAAGAGAAUCUCUGCUUUCCUGGAGUGCCUUGUCUGAACACCUUUGGAUCAUACAUAUGUGGAAUCUGCCCCCCUGGGAUGGAGGGAGAUGGUAAAACUUGCAAAUCUGUGCUUGCUGCUGACGUUACAGAAGAGCCCAUCAUUGACAAUAACGACGGCAGAGGUGAUCUGAACACGACGGAGGUUGAACGGCUAUUGCAACCCUUAGAGGCAAAGAAUUCUCCUGCAGUUAAGAGCAUCAACAUAAGUGAUACACAAGGCAAGGUACAAGAAUAA